CGUAUUGAUCAGUGUAACGUGAACGUGCAAAGAAAAAUAACAUUACAAAAAAGCAUGUAAGUAGAAGCUAAGAUUGGAUACUGUAUCAUUUGCAAUGUAGCUAUGCUAUACGAAGUAUAUCGUACUUUAUUUUUGUUGAGAAAAUGAGCGUUUUGUUUUAUAGCUGUUCUAUGGCAUAUGUGGAAAAUACCUAUUAGUAUUGUGCCUACUUCUUCAACUCUGUUUUGAAUAUGAAAAAUUAGUUUGAUACAUAAAUAUCUAAAAUUCUCUUAAUUUUGCUACACGUAACACAGGAGAAUUAACAGAAACUUAUAAUAACUAUGAUCCUGUGCGUUUCGUUACUCAUGAUGCCGUUAUCAUUUGCAUUAGUAUCGACUGCAUCCAUAUCACAAAGAUGCCAUCUACCUAAAGUGACAAACGAACUAGACGCCGAGAAAUUGAUUGGAACUACGUGGUAUGCUGGACUGCAGACCAAUGAUAUUGCAGCGUCGAUGAUUUCCUGCGCCAGAUUUAAUAAUUUCACUUCUACAAACUCCAGUUUCGGAAUACUGCUAACGGAACACGGUGUUAGAUUUGUUCAAUUUGGAGUUCAUUUCAAUAAUGACGGAAAUGGAACAUAUCUUUUGAGCAAAUCAGACAGAAAACAUAAUCACGCCAAGCACGAAAGCGAAAUGAACGCAAUGGAUAGGAAAGCGGUGUUGGAUAUGGACAACUUUUUCGACAAUGGAGAUCAUGUGUUCUUGACUGACUAUGAAAAUUACUUCGCAAUUUUUAUAUGUCCACCUAAUGGAGUCGCUGGUAAAGGGCAUCGUUUGGUUUGGGGCUGUUUUUCAAAUCCGACACCAACUUUGUCACAGGUUGCAGCAUUCAUCAAUGUUCUUCAUGAAGUCGGAAUAUCAGCCAACUUUCAUGCUUCAACCUGUUCGGAAACAAACUGGUUGUCGAUAGAGAAAUGAAAAAAUACUAGAACUCAAAUUUCAAGAAGUUGAUAAAAGUUAUUUCUGAUUCCGAAAAACUAUUUUUAAUAGAUAACAUUUUGAAAAUGUUUUGCAAUAUAGAGUUAUUUUUGUUAAUCCAGAAUGUUUCAUCAAUUGCUUUGAAAUAUAUGGUGUUUAAAGAUUGUUGUUGUCGUAAAAAGGGUACCCCUUCAAACGCCGGAUUUUCAUUUCAGUAAACAGACAGACAUUACCAUUUUUAAAUGAAAUAUCUUUCGUUUGCACUACUUGAAGAUUUGUGAGGUACGAAGUAAUAACAAAACGAAACAAAAAAUAAAUUAUUCGACAUUCACAGGAAACUCUCUGUAUUAUAAACGUAUUCCUUUGUUGAAAAGGGUAAUAGUAACAAAAAAAUUAAAAAGUUACAAUUUCAGACUGUUGCCAAGUACUUUAUUGAUGAUGUUCAGUUCCUUCAUUCAAUUUGUGAAUUUUAUAUAUACACCUCAACUCCAGAUCACACAACAGGUUUUGAUUGGAUAUCGAAGAUGUGACGACAUCGGUGGAAGCUGGAAUUGUGGAACAGCUACGGUAACUUACCAGUACCAUGACUGUCCCAGCUUUUCCAGACCCUGUGACGAUGGUUAAUGCUUUCAGUUUCAACGUGAAUUGAAACACCUAAUUGUUGUUUUUCGUAAAAAAACGUCCAACUUUUGCAGAGCACGAGAUCCGUUGGAUGGCCGUACAUUUGAACCCAUACAUUUGCACCCCUAUAUCCGCGGGUUCAAUCUAUAUGAGGGUGCUAAAAUCCAUGGGUUAGGGUUAAUAUGGGUUCAAAUAUCCGUGCAAAAAAAUUCCGUAGGUGCAAUAGUAUGCAGAUGCAAUUAUCGUGGGUUCAAAUGCUGUACUUGGGUUCAAAUGUAAUGGAACCGAUCCGUUGAUUUUCGCUAAGUACAAGAUCCGCUGACGGACGGUCGCGGAACCGCUAAAAUUAUUUUUAAUUUCAUAUCGACGUCCCUCAAAAAACUUCAGAUAGAAAAACGAAUGCCACAGAGCCCACGGGAAGUUUUGAAAUAAAUAAAAGUAUUUAAUUCAAAACACAUUGCUGCAUUCUCUGUCACUGUUAUAUGGAAAUGCCUUAAUAUUCAAAAUCGAGAAUAUUCGAUUUAUGGUAUGUCAACCCCAAGUCCGCUAAUUAUUCCUGAGAUAUGGCCCAAUCAUGGAUCAAGACUCAAAAGUAUGAAUAUGCAAGAAUGUAUGCUGUGCAACGCAACUGAACAUACCGCCAUACGAUAUCCCAAUUGAUCCAUGAAAAUUCAAUAUAGCAUCGCACUCACUGAACUGGAAAUAUAUUUCUGUGAUCCCCAGAGAUAUAUAUAUAUAUAUAUAGUGCGCUUCUCUCUUAUUUCCGAGGGACAAUUUGAAGCCUCUCUUGUUUUGGCGAUAGACUUCCAACUUUUACGAGGCGCGUAAUGCAUUUCUUAUGGGAUUUGACAGAAAUCAAUUAUUUGCGUCGAUUUUACUUGCAUAUUCUCCUGAUCUUGAUUCGUUUCACAUUUUAUGUAUCAAACGCUAAUAUAUCCCAGCCCGCCAUAUGGUGCUAAUUUUGACUGUUUUAUCAAUUUGCGUUAAGUCGUGGAUUAAUAAUAUUGCCAACGUAUCAGUCAAAAGCGUCCAACAACGACCACAGAACAUUAACCAAUAUGGCUUAUCGGAAUCGCUCCCCUAUUUAUCUGUAUUUGGCCAUAUCAUAUCGCCGUAUUUUGCGUGGCGAGCUCAAUAUCAUUGCGUGGCCUGGCUCCGUAGUACCCGACCUGAACCUAUGUGAAGAGGGUAUAUGAAAUAUCAAGGAACUGAAACCUAUGUGAAGAGGGUAUAUUCACUUGACUAACACAAACAGUUCCCGAACUCGUAAUAGAACUAAAUUAAGGAAAAACGUA